UCUCUUCAAUAUGUGGAAAACAGUAUUCCUGAUUUUCUUCACUAUGUUGACUCUGCGGGGCUUGGUAAAGGGGGCUCCUCUGAGACCAGAAGAAAAGUGGAAACCUUUGGACAACCCCAGGAACAGAGAUCUGUUUUUCAGAACACUCCAAGCUUAUUUUUCUGGGAGAGAUCUCAGGAAGUUUCCAGGAACUUUCUCUUUGAACAAUGAUGGAUCAAAGCCUGUUACUUUCUACUCGGAUCCCAUUGCUUCUGCAUUUGCAGAUUAUGAAGAAAGGAAAAAUUCUUUCCCAAAGUAUCUCAGAGGCUGAAAGAAACUGCUUAAAAAGGUAACUAUUAAAACCAAAUAAACAAGACUAAAAACAAAAUCCCAGUGGUG